AUGCCGCCAAAGAAAACCGUCUGUCUUGACUCCAAAGAAAAAUUUUGGGGUCUCACGGAUGCUGAAGUGCGAUAUGUGCUGAUGGCUGUCGCCACAUCCGAUACUCCCAUCCAGGUUCGUUUGACCAACAUCAAGGGAUGUUCCAAGUUUGAUGGGGAUGCUUUGAGCAACGCCCUCGGUCUGAAAGAAAGGAGUGCAAUUACAAUGGUCCGAAAAGCGAUGAAGAAGCUCCGCACCGCCGCCUCCAAAAAAGCGAAGGAUAGCGAGGCUCAAGACGCAUCCAAGUCCCAAGAAUCCUCCACUCCCACCGGAAAGAAAUCGAAGAAGACACCCGAGAUACACGGCGAUUCUCCAACUGGUGGCUUUGAGAUUGAAAUCUCCAUUCCUAGCCGUCGAAAUGAUGACGACCAUGCGGGAUCCUCUGGCAAUGCUUCGCCGGGCGCUGCUACCUUUGCUUGA